AUGGCCAAGAAGUUGCGCGGCGGGAAGAAGGCCGAGUCGCCGUCACCGGAGACGAGCCAAAAGCAGCAGCGACAGUCGCCGAGCACAAGCCAGAAGCAACAACGACAGUCGCCGAGCGCAAGCCAGAAACAGCAGCGACAGUCGCCGAGCGCAAGCCAGAAGCAGCAGCGACAGUCGCCGAGCCCGACUCAGAAGCAACAACGACAGUCGCCGAGCCCGACUCAGAAGCAACAGCGGCAGUCGCCGAGCCCGACUCAGAAGCAGCAGCGACAGUCGCCGAGGCCGACUCAGAAGCAACAACGACAGUCGCCGAACCCGACUCAGAAGCAACAACGACAGUCACCCGCCGUGACGCCUGUGCCGCCAGCACCGGGAGAGACGGCGAACUCUGGCGACCCGGUGUCGCCGCUCGAGGUGGCGGUGACGCCGCUGGAGAACCUGCUGUCGAUGCGGCGGCCGCAGCAGAUUGCCGUAGAGCUCGCUAACUCUCUCAUUUCGCUGCGCAAGCGACUUGCGGAGCUGGAGCUGGAGAAGAUGCACAGUGAUGGCGGUGCGGCCCUCCCCACCCUGGGGCGGCGCACGAGGGACAAGGAGGUGAAGCUCGAGCUGGAGAUUGCCAAGACGGAGAAAAUGAUGCGGCGGCUGCUGCUCAUGACUCGGGUAGUGGACCGCAUUGUCGACAUGCGCGAGACGGUCGUGAGCGACGCACGUGUCGCGAUGGAGUCGGAGGUGGUGGCGCUGCGCGCGCAGGUGGUGCUUAACGAGGAGCUCAUUCGCGCUCGCUACGUGAGCCGCGUGAACAUGCUACACCGAUAUUGGCUGUGGCGCACGCUGCAGGAGCUGGGCGAUGUGACGGUGGGGCGGACGUUCGAGGACGAGCUGGCGCGCGGCCCGCGGUACCGCACCGUUGGGCUGCAGAACAACAUUCUCUCGGACACGCUCGAGCAGCAGCUGGUGUGGCUGCGACGCUUCGCGGAGAAGGAGGAGGUGUUCCGCGCUCACGUGCGGCGUCUCGACAAUCUCGUGGAGGAGCUCACCGACGUGAACGAGGCGCUCGAGGAAACGCUGACGUGCCGCGUGUGCGGGCUGCUCUUUGAGGACCCCGUCGUGUUCUGGCCGUGCGGCCACACCUUCUGCCUCGUCUGCUUCGACUCGCUCACCAUCGCGCCCAGCCUCUUCCGCUGCCCGACAUGCGGCAGCAUCGGCAGCGAGGGAUACGUGCACAACCUCCUCAUCGCCGAGUCGGUGGCGAAGUGGGUGUUCAAGGAGGCCGGCUACGCCGACAUCCAUGGCGCGCUGAGUCUCGUCCGCCUGCACCUCUCGAAGUUCCGCAAGGAUGUCAUCAUGACGCGCAUUGCCAGUCUGCGUGAGCAGCUCGCGGCGGUGCGGGAUCGCGAGGCGAGGCCCGAGGAGCUGGCGGAGAUGAGUAUCACCUUCCGCGCCUUCUGA